AUGAGUGGAACCUCCAGCAAACAAACCAAGCCUGCUCCGGUAGACCCAAUUGAGGCCGACACAGUCCACCUGAGCUCCCGCACUGUCGAAAACAUUCGACUGCUGCUCAAGGUCGUCAUCUUCAUUGCAAUUGCUGGCGCUGCCAUCUCGUCGCGACUCUUCUCCGUCAUCCGUUUCGAGUCCAUCAUCCACGAGUUCGACCCUUGGUUCAAUUUCCGCGCUACAAAGUAUCUCGUCAGCCAUGGCUUCUACUCUUUCCUCAAUUGGUUCGACGACAGAACUUGGUACCCCCUCGGCCGCGUUACAGGUGGCACCCUCUACCCAGGCCUCAUGGUCACAUCCGGUGUCAUUCAUAAGAUCCUUGAGCUUCUCGCCCUCCCCGUCGACAUCCGCAACAUUUGCGUUCUUCUCGCUCCUGCCUUUUCCGCCCUUACCGCUUUGGUCACAUACCUUUUUACCACUGAAAUGAAGAAUGAAACCGCAGGUCUGUUGGCCGCCGCGUUUAUGGGUAUUGCUCCCGGCUAUAUUUCUCGUUCCGUCGCUGGCUCGUACGACAACGAAGCAAUCGCCAUCUUCCUUCUCAUGUUUACCUUCUACCUUUGGAUCAAGGCUGUCAAGCUUGGCUCCAUGUUCUGGGGUGCCCUUACCGCCGUCUUUUACUUCUACAUGGUCUCUGCUUGGGGUGGUUAUGUCUUCAUCACCAAUCUCAUCCCUCUCCAUGUUUUUGUCCUUCUUCUCAUGGGCCGCUACACUAAUAGACUUUACGUCGCUUACUCCUCCUGGUACACUCUCGGAACUCUUGCCUCUAUGCAGAUUCCCUUUGUCGGGUUCUUGCCUAUCCGUUCCAGUGAGCACAUGGCCGCCCUGGGUGUUUUCGGUCUGCUCCAGCUCGUGGCUUUUGGCGAGCACAUUCGUGCCCAGCUCCCCUCCAAGCACUUUAAGCGUCUCGUCAUCAUCUCUUCCAUUGUCAUUGUACUUGCUGCCCUUGUUGUUUUGGUUGGCUUGACCUUGUCCGGUGUCAUUGCUCCUUGGACUGGUCGCUUUUACUCUCUUUGGGAUACUGGCUAUGCCAAAAUCCACAUCCCCAUCAUUGCAUCUGUUUCUGAGCACCAGCCUACUGCUUGGCCCUCCUUUUUCUUCGACACUUAUUUCCUGAUUUGGCUUUUCCCCGCAGGUCUUUACUUUGCCAUUAAGGACCUGCGCGAUGAGCACGUCUUCAUCAUCAUUUACGGUAUUCUUGGCUCCUAUUUCGCUGGUGUCAUGGUCCGUCUUAUGCUUACCCUCACCCCAGUUAUUUGCGUUUCUGCUGCCCUUGCUGUUUCCACAAUCCUUGACGUUUAUGGCGACUUUACUGACAUUGUCAAAAUCACAAAGACCCAGGAUCCUAGCAGUGAAGAGGAAUCUGAUGUCAAUUCUUCUGCUCCUGAGAAAGCCAAUGUCACUAUCACUGCCAAACAAGGCUUGACUGACGAGCCCAUUUUUUCAUUUAUUUACACCCACUUUGGUCUUGUUAAGCCUUUCUUUGCCAAAGCUGUUGUUCUUCUCUCAUUCCUCGGAUACCUCGUUUUGUUUGUUUUCCACUGCACUUGGGUCACCUCAAACGCUUACUCUUCUCCAUCCGUCGUGCUUGCUUCGCGUCAGGCUGAUGGCUCCAUGUACCUGAUUGACGAUUUCCGUGAGGCCUACUACUGGCUCCGUAUGAACACUGCUGACGACGCCAAGAUCAUGUCGUGGUGGGAUUACGGUUACCAGAUUGGUGGCAUGGCCGACCGCACCACUCUUGUUGAUAACAAUACGUGGAACAAUACUCACAUUGCCACUGUCGGUCGCGCCAUGGCAUCGUCAGAGGAAAAGGCAUACCCCAUCCUGCGCCAACACGAUGUGGACUACAUUCUCGUUAUUUUCGGCGGUGUCAUUGGAUACUCGGGUGACGACAUCAACAAGUUCUUGUGGAUGAUUCGUAUUGCCGAGGGUAUCUGGCCUGAGGAAAUCCGUGAACGCAAUUAUUUCACGUCAAAGGGUGAAUAUCGCGUGGACUCUGGAGCCACGCAGACCAUGAAGGACUCGCUUAUGUACAAGAUGUCCUUCUACCGCUUCAGCGACAUCCAGGGUCACGGCGCAACUGUCGACCGUGUGCGUGGACAGAACAUUGAAGAGCCUGUGCGUCUUGACACUCUCGAAGAGGUCUUCACCUCGGAGAAUUGGCUAGUGCGCCUGUACAAGGUCAAGGACCUGGACAAUCUCGGUCGUGAUCUGACAACCGUUGAUGGGUCCAAGGGUACGACCCGGGGUCUUUCCCGUCGCAGAAAGCCACAAGGCCUGAAUUUGAGACUGUAG